UAGUCUCUAAGGUGCCACAAGUCCUCCUUUUCUUUUUGUGACUACAGACCAACGCGGCUGCUACUCUGAAAUUUAAAAUCAAGAAACCAUGUUAGACUGAUGAGUUGCAUUUUUGGAGGGUAGGGUGAGGCAUCAUUGAAGGCCCAGUCCUGCUGUCCUUGAUUUAGAUCCCGAUCCUGCAAUAAGCAUGGCAUGGGCAAACUUUUGCAGCAGCAGCUGUCCAGAAAUCUUUUGGUAAAGAUUGUGCUACAGUUUCUCAUCUGAUCUUGGAGUUGUCUUUGCUAAGUGCAGUAUAUAUGCGGAAGAUACACUAUAGUGUUUGUUUUUCAUCUGCCAUCUACUCUCCGUUGCUAGGGUAAUUUAAAUGGUGCACGUAGUUUUCCAGCUAGACUUCUUUCUCCAAAUGACUUGAAGAUUGAAACUCAAAAAUAAGACUGAAAUAAUAUCACUACUCUGUCACAGUCAUCUUCACGAUGGUUGAUUUUCUAGCUGAAAACAAUCACUGUGGCCAGGCAAUUCUUCGGAUUGUCUCUUGUGGAAAUGCCAUCAUUGCAGAACUUUUGAGACUGUCUGAGUUUAUUCCUGGUGUUUUUAGGCUCAAAGACAAGGCUGAUCAACAGAAGUAUGGGGAUAUCAUAUUUGAUUUCAGUUACUUUAAGGGGCCCGAGAUCUGUGAAGGCAAGUUGGAAGCCAAACCUGAGUUACUGGAUUUAGAUGAAGAAUUUCGUGAAAACAACAUAGAAAUCUUGACAAGAUUUUAUCUAGCAUUUCAAAGUGUCCAUAAAUAUAUUGUAGAUUUAAACAGAUAUUUGGAUGAUCUCAAUGAAGGAAUUUAUAUUCAACAAACAAUAGAAACUGUGCUCCUUAAUGAAGAUGGCAAGCAACUUCUGUGUGAAGCUCUCUAUUUGUAUGGAGUCAUGUUGCUGGUCAUUGACCAGAAGAUUGAAGGGGAGGUCAGAGAGAGAAUCUUGGUUUCCUACUAUAGAUACAGUGCUGCUCGAUCUGCUGAUUCCAAUAUGGAUGAUAUAUGUAAGCUGCUUCGAAGCACUGGCUAUUCAAGCCAACCAGGAGCAAAAAGGCCUAUAAACUAUCCUGAAAGUUACUUCAGUAGGGUACCCGUAAGUGAACCAUUCAUCAGCAUGGUUAUUGGCCGCUUGAGAUCUGAUGACAUCUAUAACCAGGUUUCUGCAUAUCCAUUACCAGAGCAUCGCAGCACGGCUCUGGCUACUCAAGCUGCCAUGCUGUAUGUGAUUCUCUAUUUUGACCCUUCUAUUCUUCACACCCAACAAGCAAAAAUGAGAGAGAUAGUGGAUAAAUAUUUUCCAGAUAACUGGGUUAUUAGUAUUUAUAUGGGAAUCACUGUAAAUCUAACUGAUGCAUGGGAACCUUACAAGGCUGCAAAAACUGCCCUCAACUACACAUUAGAUCUUUCAAACAUCAAAGAGCAGGCAAGCCGCUAUGCUGCUGUCACAGAGCGUGUGCACACUCAAGUUCAUCAGUUUCUCAAAGAGGGCUGUCUGAGGGAGGAGCUAGUGCUGGAUAAUAUUCCCAAGCUGCUCAACUGCUUAAGAGACUGCAAUGUUGCAAUCCGUUGGCUGAUGCUUCACACUGCUGACUUGGCUUGUGACCCAAAUAACAAGCGUCUCCGUCAAAUAAAGGAUCAAAUUCUAACGGAUUCCAAGUACAAUGCCAAGAUCCUUUUCCAGCUUCUCUUGGAUACAGCACAGUUUGAGUUCAUCUUGAAAGAGAUGUUCAAGCAGAUGCUGUCAGAAAAGCAGGCUAAAUGGGAGAGCUAUAAAAAGGAAGGGUCUGAAAGGAUGACUGAACUUGCUGAUGUCUUUUCAGGAGUUAAACCUCUUACAAGAGUGGAGAAAAAUGAAAACCUGCAGGCUUGGUUCAGAGAGAUCUCCAAGCAAAUAAUGUCUUUAAACUAUGAUGACUCCACUGCAGCAGGCAGAAAAACUGUACAACUGAUACAGGCGUUGGAAGAGGUCCAAGAAUUUCACCAGCUGGAAUCUAAUCUGCAAGUUUGUCAGUUUCUUGCUGAUAGCCGCAAGUUUCUCCAUCAGAUGAUCCGAACAAUCAACAUUAAAGAAGAGGUCUUGAUCACCAUGCAGAUAGUUGGUGAUCUUUCUUAUGCUUGGCAGUUAAUUGACAGCUUCACAUCUAUCAUGCAGGAAAGCAUAAGAGCCAGCCCAUCAAUGGUAACUAAACUCAGAGCUACUUUCCUAAAGCUUGCAUCUGCUCUUGACUUGCCACUGCUUCGUAUUAAUCAAGCAAACAGCCCUGACCUUCUCAGUGUAUCGCAGUAUUACUCUGGCGAGUUGGUUUCCUAUGUAAGAAAGGUUCUGCAGAUCAUUCCAGAAAGCAUGUUUACCUCCCUUCUCAAAAUUAUAAAGCUUCAGACUCAUGAUAUUAUCGAAGUACCUACUCGGCUCGACAAAGACAAACUACGAGAUUAUGCUCAGCUUGGACCACGAUAUGAGGUUGCCAAGCUAACCCAUGCUAUUUCAAUUUUCACCGAAGGUAUCCUUAUGAUGAAAACUACUUUGGUUGGUAUCAUCAAGGUGGAUCCAAAGCAGUUGUUAGAGGAUGGAAUAAGGAAGGAGCUAGUCAAACGAGUAGCUCUGGCUCUUCACAGGGGACUCACCUUUAACCCUAGAGCCAAGCCAAGUGAACUGAUGCCAAAACUGAAAGACAUGGCAGCUACCAUGGACGGAUUCCAUCGAUCUUUUGAGUACAUCCAGGAUUAUGUCAACAUUUAUGGUUUAAAGAUUUGGCAAGAAGAAGUGUCCCGCAUUAUCAACUAUAAUGUGGAACAGGAGUGCAAUAACUUCCUAAGAACAAAGAUUCAAGACUGGCAAAGUAUAUACCAGUCCACCCAUAUUCCAAUACCCAAAUUCACUCCUGUGGAUGAAUCUAUAACGUUUAUUGGUCGGCUUUGCAGAGAAAUACUGAGGAUCACAGACCCAAAAGUCACCGGUUACAUUGACCAAAUGAACACAUGGUAUGAUAUGAAAACUCAUCAGGAAGUAACUAACAGUCGCCUCUUCUCAGAGAUUCAAGACACUUUAGGCACUUUUGGUCUGAAUGGUCUAGACAGACUGCUCUGUUUCAUGAUUGUGAAGGAGCUGCAGAAUUUCCUCAGUAUGUUUCAGAAAAAUAUACAAAGAGACAGAACUGUACAGGAAGCAUUAAGAUCUCUUAUGAAUGUGGUCAGCCCUCUCAAAGGAAUUAUAGCAAAUUCUAGCAAAAUUUAUUCUGCAGCAGUUGCCAAAACUCAGAAGAUCUGGGCUGUAUAUCUUGAUGCCAUAAUGAAGGUUGGUCAGAUGCAAAUUUUAAGACGGCAAAUUACCAAUGAAUUAAAUUACUCCUGCAGGUUCGAUUCCAAGCAUUUGGCAGCCGCUCUGGAAAAUCUCAAUAAAGCAAUCUUGGCUGACAUUGAAGCCCAUUAUCAGAAUCCAUCAUUGCCUUACCCUAAAGAAGACAACACACUUUUGUAUGAAAUCACAGCCUAUCUGGAAGCAGCUGGCAUUCAUAACCCAUUGAAUAAGAUAUAUAUAACUACAAAACGACUCCCAUAUUUCCCCACAGUCAACUUCCUAUUUCUGAUUGCCCAGCUGCCAAAACUUCAGUACAACAAAAAUCUAGGAAUGGUGUGCAAAAAGCCAGCAGAUCCAAUUGACUGGCCCCCUUUAGUGCUUGGGCUCCUCACUCUGUUGAAACAGUUUCAUUCACGAUACACUGAACAAUUUCUGGCUCUGAUUGGUCAGUUUAUUCGCUCAACAAUGGAGCAGUGCACAAGCCAGAAGAUACCAGAAAUGCCUGCUGAUGUAGUGGGUGCCCUUAUGUUCCUAGAAGAUUAUGUUCGUUAUACAAAGUUACCAAGAAAGGUUGUUGAAGCACAUGUGCCUAAUUUCAUUUUUGAUGAAUUCAGAACAGUUCUGUAAAUGCGGAAAUAAGCAUGAGCCUUCUUGCAAUUACAAAACAAGUGAACUUGGAGAGGGCAGAGGAAGAAAAUAAUAGCACUUCAGAGCUAUGUGUUUUCUGUGUCUAGGGAAAUAACCACAAAGGUCUGAAUAAAAUGUAACUGUCAGCACUAGUCCAUGUAACUAAUCUUGUUUAAAUCAUGAUAUCAUAUGCAAUUUCUAUCACAUCCAAGCAGCACACAUUUUGUACUGCACAUUAUAAAUGCUGUAUGUAAUUGUUUAUGUACAAAAUCGUUUAGUUUUAUGUUCUAAAGAACUAUUUGUGGAAGUUUGACUUUUGUAUCACAAAUAAAAUAAUAUGGAAAGCA